GUGGGCGCGGCGGGAGGAGGAAGUGGUGGUCGGUUUGGCGGGGCUGAAGGAAGGGUCGUGGUGCUGGGAGGGCCCUUCCUUCGCGGAGGCAGAGCUCGGCGUCUCUUCUUAGCCUCCCUCGGUUGCAUCGAUCUCACGCGGACUGGCGUUAACGGGCGGGAAGAUGGCGGUGGAGUCUCGCGUUACUCAGGAGGAGAUUAAGAAAGAACCCGAGAAGCCCAUCGAUCGGGAGAAGACCUGCCCUCUCUUAUUGAGAGUCUUCACGACCAACAAUGGACGACACCACCGCAUGGAUGAGUUUGCCCGAGGAAAUGUACCCUCCAGUGAGCUGCAGAUCUAUACCUGGAUGGAUGCAACUCUAAAAGAGCUGACCAGUUUAGUGAAAGAAGUCUACCCAGAAGCACGGAAGAAGGGCACUCAUUUCAACUUUGCAAUAGUUUUCACAGACCUUAAAAGGCCUGGUUACAGGGUGAAGGAGAUCGGCAGUACGAUGUCAGGCAGGAAGGGCACAGAUGAUUCCAUGACCCUGCAGUCUCAGAAAUUCCAGAUAGGCGACUACUUGGACAUAGCAAUUACACCUCCAAAUCGAGCACCACCUCCAUCAGGUCGCAUGAGACCUUACUGAUAUUUUGAUUUCUUCCAAUGACCACAUCGUUUGCAUGAUUAGAGGUUGAUUUGGGGGAGAAUUUUUUUUCUUAAUGCAGAGCAAGAAUGCCAGACAACUUAUUAAUCCUUGGAAAUAGCAAUCCUUAAUAUUUUUUUAACUAUACAUUUAGAACAGCAUUUUUUUAACUGCUUGGAUAAGUUCUCUCUCUCCAGUUAAUCUGAAAACAGGCUUGUCCAGUGUUUCAAAAGUACAUGAAGUAUGGCUAGAGCAACAUUGGUAGUCUUGUGGGGAUUUUGAAAUUCUGGUAUCUGGCAAAUUUGUUGUAAUGCCACCCAAAUAUUAAUGUAUGAGCAUGGAUAAUAAAAUGUGUUGGAUGUAUUUCAAGAAA